AUGGACCAAACCGGAUCUCAACCGUCGAAGAAGAUGAUCUCUCACCUCCUAAUCUCCGUCUCACUCUUCUCCUUCCUAGUUUCCUACUCGUCCUCUCUGCUCCACCCCUCCCCCAAAUUCCACCCCUACUUCUCCGCCAGCUCCUUCCACCUCCUCACUCACGCGCUCAGCAAAAACUGCCUCUUCCUCGUCUGCAACGGCCUCCUAGUCUUCCUCGCCAAGACCUCCGGCUUAAUUCGGCCUCCUGCCUCUCACGAUCUCGACGAUAAGCGGAUCGCCGACGCCUUGAUGCAAACGGCUCUCGACCGAUUUCAAUUGGACGAGACCGCCGAUGCGGUUCGCAAUCGCCAUCGCGAUCGCGCCGGAGACGACGAAGGAGAUCAGAUAGGCAAAGAAGUCUCCAUUUUCAUCGCGGAGAGUGAGGAGGAAAGAGGAGAAGAUGAGCGUGAUUCCGCGGACGGAAAUCGACCGGAUUCGGCGAGUAGCUGGCUUUUCCAGGACGAUGUGGAGGAGCUGUACGGACUCGGCGACGAGGAAGGAGAUGAUGAUGAUGAUGAUGAUGAUGUGGAGAAGAAAGAGGAGAUUAUGAGUACGGAGGAGAUGAAUCGGAAGUUUGAAGAUUUCAUAAGGAAGAUGAAAGAGGAGAUUAUAAUUAGUGAAGCAAGGCACAAGGUGCUCAUGCUUAAUUCACCUAAUUAA